AAAAAGGAAAUGAGCAUAUGGAAGGAAGAGGAAGGGAGGGGUAUUUGGGUCAAUUGAGAGUAUAUUUGUUGAUAAACCUUGGUUUUCUCCACCCUCUCCCCUCCCUUCCUCCCUCUAUCCAUCAUUCUCUUUCUGGCUUAUAAUCCAUCAGCACUCCCCCUCCAUUUGUAUAUAUAGUAAAGUAAUUAUAAGGAAUGGCGUGGUGGUGGCGUGGAGUGGCAUCCCGGACAACAGUAGUCAAUAAUAUGAUGAUGCUAACGACGAUGGAACCAUGGCGAGUGUCCCCCGCUCGCACCUCCUUUUUCUUCUUUUCUCUUCCCCCAAUUCAAUCAUCCAACUUCUUAUUUACAACAUCAACAUCAACUAAUAUUAAACGCCCAUCUAUUAUCACUACUACUAAUUGCACUAAUAAUAUUCAAAAUAAUAAUAAUGAAGAAGAAACGGAGGUAGCAGCCAAUGAGGGUGACGACCAAGAACCUCCCCAAGAAGCUGUUCUCAAGGUUAUCUCAGAAGUUUCAAAGACCAAAGGUAGAGUUGGGCAAACCACAAACAUGGUUAUUGGAGGUACAGUAACUGAUGAUUCAACAGACGAAUGGCUUACUCUUGACCAGAAGGUAAACACUUAUCCAACAGUAAGAGGGUUUACCGCAAUUGGAACCGGAGGUGAUGAUUUUGUGCAAGCCAUGGUAGUUGCUGUCGAGUCAGUCAUUCAACAUCCGAUUCCACAGGCCCAGGUGAAGCAGAAAAUGUCAUCUGGUGGGAAGUAUGUCUCUGUAAACAUUGGACCCAUUCAAGUCGUUUCUAGUGAGCAGGUUCAAGCUGUGUACAAUGCUAUGAGGAGAGAUGAUCGGAUGAAAUAUUUUUUGUAGCGCGCAUAUCUUCAGUACAUUGUGGAUUGCGGGAUGUAGGAUUUGUGCUGACCUCCUUGUGACUUAUGAGACUGCUUCUGCAGGGAAGUCUAUACUUUGACUUGCUUUGUAAUCACAUUAUGCAUCAGUUGAAGGUGUGUUUUGGGAAUCAGCAAGAACCAUCCUUUAGGGGGAUCUGCAAUUUAUCAGGCGGAUUGAGCGGAUAUGGUUCAGCUAAACACUUGAUGACCGUGCAAAGGCGUUUUAGUUAUUACCUUGUUUAUCAGCUUUUCUUAUUGCUAUUGUGAUUAGAUGAUGUUGUUUACUUUAGAUCCCUUGUGUUCACUUUUGACAUUCAUUUUAUCAUUAUUCCUUCUGUGCAAAGCAGAGGUUAAUUUCAA